AUGGAGCAGCAGCAGCAACAACAACCCCCGCAGCAGCCUCAGCAGCAGCAGCAACCUCCCCAGCAGCCCCAGGUUGGCGGCGUCCCUGGGCCUGCUGGUCGCAGACUGCACAUUGCGCAUCGCCGGAGUCCUUCUGAGCUGACGCCUCUGGUGAGCAUGUUCGCCAACCCAGGAAUGGAACAGCUCGCCAUCCAGCAACAGAUUGAGUUGUUGCAGCAGCAGCAACAGCAGAUCCAGGCUACUCAUCAGCAAUAUGUCAACAUGGGGAUGAUGCCCCCGGGACAGCCCCUCGGCCCCGGCGGUGCGUUCAAUCCUUUGCAGCCCAUGCCCAACAUGUCGCAAGCUGCUUUCCAAUUCCCCAACCAAGUGCCUCAGCAGCAGAACAUGGCUCCUCCUACCCAGCCACUCUCACAUCGCCGUAAUCAGUCGGCAAUGCCCAAUAUGGGAAUGGGCCCUCCUCCCGCGCCGUCCUCCGGCGCUGCUGGGUCCAACUUUGGAAACUUCGAGGCCCCCCAGGGCCAUGGACGGGAGAACGCUGGCGGCCGAGGUGGCCGCGGAGGCGGUUCUGGAGGCGGUCACCAGAGGAGACACUCUCUGGCUCUCGCCGAUGCUAAGAAGGCCGCUGAAAUUGCCCAGCAGAAGCGAACCACCUCCGGCUUCUCGUUCCCCGCGUCCCCUGCUCCCGACGAAGAAAACAAGGGUGCUGCCGCCCCGCCCACUCUUGAGGUCCCUGUUGCCCAAGGUUCCAACCGUGGCGGCCGCGGUGGACAUGGCCGCAGCCAGAGCAUGGCCGUCAAUGGCCGCGGUGGAGGUGGUCGUGGCCUGAACGUCGACAGCAACGAUUUCCAGCGCCGCGGAAGUGGUCACACCCGCACCGGCUCCCGCAACUUUGAAGGUAACUGGCGUAACCAGGGCCAGAACCAGGAUCAGUCCGGCAAUGCUGGGCAGAACCAGGGUUUCCAGCCUGGUCACCGACCUCGUGGUUCUAUGAACCAAUCUGUCUCUGGCAUUGGGGCCUUCCAGUACAACCCCGGCCAGCCCCAGGUUAUGCAGCUCCCUAACCAGAUGAUGAUGCCCCAGAUGUAUGGGCAGCAGCUUAACCCCAUGCAGCUGAACCAGCUGCAAGCUCUGCAGGCCGCUCAGCUGAACGGUCAGCAGUUCAUGGGUCUUCAGGGCUCUCAGCAUGCCGGCCAACUCGGAGGCCAGCAGCAACAGCAGCAGCGCAAGACCCUUUUCACUCCUUACCUUCCCCAGGCCUCCCUUCCCGCCCUUCUCGGCGAUGGCCAGCUCGUGUCUGGCAUCCUUCGUGUCAACAAGAAGAACCGUAGCGACGCCUACGUCACUACUCAGGAUGGUCUUCUCGAUGCCGACAUCUUCAUCUGCGGUAGCAAGGACCGAAACCGUGCUCUUGAGGGUGAUCUCGUCGCAAUCGAGCUUCUGGAUGUCGAUGAAGUCUGGGGCCAGAAGCGCGAGAAGGAAGAGAAGAAGAAGCGCAAGGAUAUCACUGAUACCCGAUCUGGAUCCACCAACCAGGGCAACCAGAACUCUGGUAACAACAACGAGGGUAACCCCCCUGAGGGCGGCAUUCGUCGUCGCGGUAGUCUGCGCCAGCGCCCGACUCAGAAGAAGAACGAUGAUGUCGAGGUCGAAGGUCAGAGCCUUCUGCUUGUUGAGGAGGAGGAAAUCAACGAUGAACAGAAGCCUCUGUAUGCUGGUCACGUUGUGGCUGUCAUUGAACGUGUUGCUGGUCAGAUGUUCUCUGGAACCCUGGGUCUUCUCCGACCCAGCAGCCAGGCUACCAAGGAGAAGCAGGAGGCCGAGAGGGCUGCCCGUGAGGGUGGCAACGCUCGCCACCCUGAGCCCCGUCAGCAGGAGAAGCCCAAGAUUGUGUGGUUCAAGCCUACGGACAAGCGCGUCCCUCUCAUCGCUAUCCCCACCGAGCAGGCGCCUCGCGACUUUGUUGAGAAGCACCAGGAUUAUGCGGAUCGAAUUUUUGUGGCCUGCAUAAAGCGCUGGCCCAUCACUUCGCUGCACCCCUUCGGUACCCUUGUCGAGCAGCUUGGACGUAUGGGUGACCUCAAGGUUGAGACUGACGCUCUUCUGCGCGACAACAACUUUUCUUCGGACGAGUUCUCUGAUGCUGUUCUCCGCAGCGUCGGUCUUCAGGACUGGUCCCUGGAGAAGGAAGAGGAGACUUCCCUUGCCGAGCGCCGUGACUACCGCGAGGAGACGACCUUCACCGUUGACUACAACGGAGGCGCUGAGCUGGGCAAUGCUGUCCACGUCAAGUCUCGCCCUGAUGGCAAGAUCGACAUCGGUAUUCACGUCGCCGACAUUGCCCACUUCGUCAAGCCUAACUCGCUUGUCGAUCGUGAGGCCAAGAAGCGAGGCACCUCUGUCCAGCUCAAGAACCGAUUCUGCGCCUUGUUGCCUCCUAAGCUGUCGACCGAGGUUUGCUCCUUGACCCCUGAGCAGGACCGCCUGACUGUCAGUGUUGUGUUCAGCGUCAACCCCCACACGGGAGCUGUCGGUGAAGGCGACAGCUGGGUCGGCCGAUCCAUCAUCAAGAGUGCCGGCAAGCUCUCUCUUCAGGAGAUUGAUGAUGCCCUGACCAACCCCUCCGAGUACAAGAACACGACCGUGCCCGUCAACACGAUCCAGAUCCUCAACGCUGUGGCCCAGAAGUUCCGGGAGGCUCGUCUCGGCGCUGGUGGCGAACCUAUUGCUCCUCUCCGCCUGCUCCAGCAGCUUGACGACGAGAACAACCCUGUCCAGGACAACUUGUUUGACUCGACUCCGGCUCUCGAGCUCGUGGAAGAGCUUGUUCACAAGGCCAAUGCUUACGUGGCGCAGCGUCUUGCCGAAGGACUCCCUGAAAAGGCUCUCCUUCGACGCCAGUCGGCCCCCAACCCACGACGACUCCAGACCUUUGUUGAGCGCAUGACAGCGCUUGGCUACGACAUCGACUCGUCCGGCAGCGGAGCGCUCCAGAACAGCCUCUUCAAGGUUGACGAUCCCGAUCUGCGAAAGGGUAUGGAGACGCUGCUUGUCAAGUCGAUGCAGCGUGCCAAGUACUUUAUUGCCGGCAAGACUGGCAAGCACCUGUGGCCUCACUACUCCCUUAACCUACCCCUGUACACUCAUUUCACAAACCCCACUCGUCGCUAUGCCGACAUCAUUGUGCACCGUCAGCUCGAGGCGGUCCUCUCUGAGGGCAAGAUUGAGUUUACUGACGAUCUUGAGAACCUUGUCAAGACCGCCGAGUCUAGCAACACCAAGAAGGACUCUGCUCAGAACGCGCAGGAGCAGAGCGUCCACAUCGAGUCCUGCCGUACGAUGGACAAGAAGCGCCAGGAGGUCAACGGCGAUCUCAUUGCCGAAGGUAUCGUCCUAUGUGUCUACGAGUCGGCCUUUGACGUUCUCAUCCCCGAAUGGGGCUUCGAGAAGCGAGUCCACUGCGAUCAGCUUCCUCUGAAGAAGGCCGAGUUCCGAAAGGAGAAGAGGGUGCUCGAGCUGUACUGGGAGAAGGGUGUCCCCAGCUCGGCGUUUGUGCCCGAGGAUGAGCGGCCAAAGGCUGCUGCGUCGCUCCGAGCGUCCAACGCUCUGGCCGCGCAGCGUCAGGCUGAGGAGGCCGAGCGCGCCCGAAAGGAGCGCGAGGAGGCUACCCGCAAGCAGACGGAUACCGGCACCAUCUCGACUGACGAUGUCGAUGCCCUCUUUGAUGAUGACGAUGACAACACGUCUGAUGUGACUGAGGCCAUGGCUGGAGCUUCACUGGCUGAGCGCCCGACACAGAGCGUGCCUGGAUCCCCGACUCGAUCGUCGUCGACUGCCGGUAACCUUCACCGCACCCGAUCUGAUUCCAAGGUGCCCGUCACGGAUGCUGUUGAGACUCGCCUCAGCAACAAGGAGAAGUAUCUCAGCCUGUUCUCGCUCCGCGAGGAGGGUGGCGACUAUAUCCAGGAUGUGACGGAGAUGACCAGAGUGCCUGUGAUUCUGAAGACGGAUCUCACCAAGAGCCCACCUUGCUUGACGAUCCGGUCUCUGAACCCCUACGCUCUGUAA